CGUUAAAAAACGUAGGCUAUCUUUGCUCAGUGGGCAGGGGUCUAGCUGACAACAACAAAAAUCCCAAUUCUUUCUGGCUGUAAAUUGUUUGCCAUCAAUCGAAAAUAUGCUGUAUUUUCCUUCCCAAACGAAUAGUAUUGAUUGGAGUUUGACAUUUACCUAGGAAAUGUCGAAGACGAUUGGCUUUUGCCUGUCGUGUUGAGGCACUUCAUUUUUGCGUUUGAGAAGGCUGGCUGCGCACUUUCGGUUUCGUAGGGGAGGGAAGUUGCUCUAGUAAAUUUCAACGAAGUUGCCUCUGUAGUUUCAACUUAGGGUUCAUAGUCACAUCUUGUUCUCGUUUAACAAGGAAUUCAUGGGCCUACUCGGAUUUUUAGAAGUGUGGAAGUAAUAGUGAUUUGCAACUUAAUGUAGGAGCCCGUUAUUAUUGUGAGCAGUGAGCGCGGAAACAUGAAACUACCUGCAUCCUGUAUGUCCUUAAGUCUGAAGAAGAACGAACCUGUUCACUAAGAGACCACCUAAGUCAUUACUGAAAGCGUUGCGGCCAUGGCUCAGUGGGACCAAAUGAAGUUACUGGUGCAGCAGCUACAAAGCCAAACUCUGAAUGACCUUUAUCCCGGUUCAUUCCCCAUGGACGUCAGGCACUACCUGGCCAAUUGGAUUGAGGAUCAACCAUGGGAGACGUUCGAUGUAGACAAUGUAGAUCAAGAUCCCCAGGCAAAUAGGCUUCGGGACCAGAUUGUGGGUCAACUCAUGGAGCAGGCCCAUAAGAAUCCGAAUGUGCUUGAGAAAAUGAGACUGCAGGAAUUCAGCAAGAAGAUGAACACGGUCCAGCCAAUGGCGCUAGUCAGGACGGUGCGAGACGUGCUGAGGAAGGAGAGGCAGUACCUUGGCCUGACAGGAGGCACAGUAGGCACAGGGCUAGUUGGACAAUACCACAGUUCACCGGGGCAGGCUCUCCACCAGCCUGGGGUUUCGCCGAGCCCCAGUCCCAUAAAUGGCACCCAGAAUCUAGCCAGGCCCAAGUGCAACCAAGACAUGGACAACCUGGUGUUCAAAGUGCUGGAGAUACGCAAAUACCGCCAAAGCAUGCACCAGCUGAACGAGGAGAUGACCUGGGAGAAACAGGAUGUGGAGUCCAUGCCAAGCCCUAUGCAGACCAGUGAGCUGGAUCCGCAACAAGAAAAGCAAAAACGCAUCCAGCAGCUGGAGUACCACUAUCGGGAGUAUGGCAAGAAACGUGUGCACCUGUUGCACGAGACCAUUGGCAUUCUCAAAGAGUGCCAAGACUGGUUCAUUCAGAGAAUCAAGGAGUGGAGGUGGGAGCAACACCAGGGUACGAUUGGCGGUGUUUUUGAUGAGAAUCUGGGGCCCCUGCAGAAUAGGUGUGAACAGUUGCUAGGUGUGAAUGUGCAGCUCAGACAGGAAGUCAUUUUGGUAGCACAGGACAAUCGCAGCUCGGACCCCUUCACAGAGAUGCAGAAUGAGCUUGGGAAGCAGCUCAAGGCCCUCAUCCAGAGCUCCAUGGUGGUGGACAAGCAGCCUCCGCAGGUCAUAAAGACGCAGUCCAAGUUCUCCACCACCGUGCGCUACUUGCUGGGAGAGAAGGUGGCCGCAGGGAAGCCCAUCGUACUCAAGGCUCAAAUCAUCACGGAGGUCCAGGCGAGGAGCGUGGGCCAGGAGGGUGGCAUGGCGAGUGAAAAUGUCGGGGAGCUCAUCAACAGCACGGCGAUCUUAGAGCACAACCCUUCCAGCAAGAGCAUGUGUGCCAACUUUCGAAAUAUGUCCAUCAAGAAGAUCAAAAGAGCAGACAGGAAGGGCUCAGAGUCGGUGACUGAGGAGAAGUUUGCCAUUCUGUUUACCGCUGACAUCGCCAUCGCUGGAUGUGACGCUGCUUGCAGCGUUCAGACAAUCUCCCUGCCAGUGGUCAUUAUUGUGCAUGGCAGCCAGGAUAAUAACGCCAUGGCAACCGUCGUCUGGGACUGUGCCUUCUCAGAGCCGAACAGGAUCCCGUUUGUGGUGCCAGAGCGGGUGCUGUGGUUACAGAUGAGUAUGACCCUAAGCAGGAAGUUCAUGUCUGAGGUGGGGACGCAGCGCUGCCUAGACGAGAACAACCUGCACUUCCUCGCCCAGAAGGUCUUCAACAAACCUGACAUCACUGAGGACUUCAACACAAAGCAUGUGACCUGGUCCCAAUUUAACAAGGAAGUUAUGCACGGUCGGCCAUUCACGUUCUGGCAGUGGUUUGACGGCGUAAUGGAACUCACGAAGAAGCACCUGGUGCGGUACUGGAGUGAUGGUCUGAUCUUUGGCUUCAUAGGGAAGCAGCACCUGCACGUCAUCCUGCAGAACAAGCAGAAUGGCACGUUCCUCCUGCGCUUCAGUGACUCAGAGAUCGGAGGCAUCACCAUUGCCUACGUGGCCCUAGCUGAAAAUGGAAUCCGAAGAAUCCAGAACAUUCAGCCUUUCACUAAACGGGACCUGGAGAUCCGCUGCCUGGGUGAUCGCAUCCGAGACCUGGAUUUCAUCACACAUGUGUAUCCAGACCUGCCCAAGAACGAUGUGUUUGGCCAAUACUAUACAGCAGAGUUAGGGCCUGUCCAGCCAACCACAGAGGGAUACCUUCCUACAACUAUAACCACGACGGUCGUUCGUGGACUGGACCCUUCCAGCCCUCCUAGUAUGGCUCUUGGGGGUGAUGACAUACAAAUGGCUGCCUUUUCUCAAGGCACUCAGUUCCCUGUGGCCAUGCCUCAGUUUUCACCCAAUUUCAGUCCUUCUCAUCCUGGUGCUCACGGAGCGCCAAUAUUCCCCCACCAUUUUGAAAACUUCAACUUGGGAAACAUACCACAAAAUCAGGCAGGAGCACCAGAAUCCAUGUUGGAGGACAUGCUCCCAGACUCAAUCUAUAACUUUGAUGCAUCCAUGUGAAGAUCAGUGGGAUGACAUGGACUUUGAAGAUGUUCUCAGCUGCCAGGAAGAAACCAUGGAAAUCUUAAGAGUUUGGAUUAUCAGUUCUUCAGGACAUGAUCAGACAGUGUUACACACAAACUCUUACUUUUUUUUUUAUAAUUUGGAGGAAAAAUUGAUAAUGCACUCAGUAAAUGUCUGUGAAGUGGGACUAAAAUCUGCAAGAUUUGGCCAUUCUUCUUCAAAACCGUGGGUAGAAAUUCAGAUUAAAGACAUGCCACACUAAUACCACAGUCCAGUCAGCAACUCUCCCUGGAUGGGGUCCAAAGGCUUUAACAUGCUGAAAUGGGAUGAGCUGAGUUUGGGACAACAGAGACAGACACCUCAUCACCCCCUCCACUGGUGAGAACUACGAGAAAAGCUUUGGGAACCAUACAUAGUGUUGAACUGGUAUUCAUUCACAAAUUUUGUGGCAUUACGGUGCAAACCCAUGACAGCGACGCGAUACGCUUCCAUCGCUUUGAGUGGGCGUGGUGUAGCGUGUGGAAAUAGCAUAACAGACUGGACUAGUGAGCUAAUUAGCAGGCUAGCCACUUAGUAGGCUAUCUAGUCACUUGUCUUUAUAUUACAACUGUAAUUCUGUUAAAAUAAGCCCAGGAUUAAAUAUAUAACAUACCAGGAACAACAACAAGCCCUUACAAGGCCACCCAAGCCUCUCUUUUUAGCAAAUUUAACGACCAAACGAUGCCACAGUCCUGCAAUUUUUAAACCGUCAGAGACGGCACCAAAUAAUCUGAUUGGCCGCUGCCGGGAAAAAUCGCUCCUCAUUUGCAUAGGACUCAACUUUUUCCAACUUUUAUAGGUCUCGUCGCCCAAAACGGUGGUCUAUGUCACAAUGGAUUGGCUCCCGUUGAAAUGCAUGGGAUUUAGAAUGUCGCGUCGCUCGUAACGGUGUCAUGGGUUUGCACCGUUAGUGUCUAAGUACUUUCAUCUACAUUGUCUAAAAGUUUUUUGAAUCUUUUAAGGUUGGAGACAUUUUCAGUGUCCCCGUAUCCUUAUUUGUCAAAGUGGCCUUCUGAACUUCAAUAUUUUCGACAUAUCCUACAAAGAGGAACACACUUAUGUAUUUCCCAACGUAUCCCCAUGUUGUCAUUUGUGUGCCUUUGAAUGUAUGUGGUCUUUCUGGUAAAAGUGAGGCUUUUAAGUGCUGUUAAGGGUGACUUUACAAACUUAAAAUAACAAUAACAACACUUGAUUUUAAGUGAUAUUAAGUGAUGCUUCACUUUAUAUCUCAUAGGAGUUAACUCAUUUUUUAGCUUUUAAGGUGUACAAAAGCUCCAAUUGGCUCUAUAUGGAAUGCAUCUCAUGCAGCAGUAUGCCGUGGCAGGAUGUAGUGAGAUGGGCCGUAAAACACAACAGUCACCCUGAGUGUUCAAUCUUUAGUGAAUGACUGUACCCACCAAGCCAAUAUUGAGGUAUCCCCAAUCACCGGACGCCCCCCAUAAUCAUGGCAUUGACUGUGUAUGAUUGCGCUGUGAAUUGUUCGUUACGUUUUUGUCUCUUAUAUAAAAACACACUUACUAGGUAGGCCUGUUACUUCUUGGUUGUAUGUAAAUUCCCUGAAUGUCUACCAAUCAACUUCUAACAAUCACGCAGUAUAUGUAUUCAUCUAUGGUGAUUUUAAAUUACAUUCUUACUUUUUCCAUGUUCAGCAUUUUUGCAAUGCACCCUUGUUCAAAUUCUACUAACUUACUUUUAUAUAAAAUUGUUUAUAAUGACA